UGGGGACUCUGUUAUUGUAGAGAACUAAGAAACGGGAGGGAUCGGGGUAUCUCCGUUUGAACAGCGGCGCGCAAGUCAGGCUCAGUAACGAACAAUUCUUGGAACAUAGGCCGCAGCCUGAGCCGUUUUUUGAUAUCCAACACAACGAAAACACAGCCGUUGCUGUGAGUCCUCAAGCAGCGGAAAGCGUUGUUCAGGAUUUUGUGGGAAUGGUUAAAACUAAGCACCAAAAGUCCAAUCCUAAGCGACACCCGCAAAACAAAAAGCCUGGAAAGUCACCUGAUAUUUCGCAGUUUCGUGCUCAGCUUGACUUGUUGAACCUUAAAAUUGUACAAGUGACCGCAGAUGGUAAUUGUUUUUUCAGUUGCAGGGCCCUUGCAGAUCAGUUAGAAGGGGAUCAAGAGGAACACGAAAAGUACCGGAAGAUGGUCGUACAAUAUAUUUUAAAAAACCGUGGAGCAUUUGAGCCAUUUAUUGAGGAUGAUGUCCCAUUUGACGAAUAUUGUGAGUCCAUGGAAAAGGAUGGUACCUGGGCUGGACAUCUGGAAUUGCAGGCUGCUUCUCUUGUUACUCAUAGUAAUAUAUGCAUUCACCGGAUGUCAUCACCUCGUUGGUACAUACGAAAUUUCGAGGAUCAAGAAGCUCGUAUGGUCCACUUAUCUUAUCACGACGAGGAACAUUACAAUAGUGUGCGAUUGAAGGAAGACACAUGUGCUGGCCCAGCCAGGCUAAUUACAAUCAAAGGUGAUACUGUUCCCUCAGCAAGCUCACUUCAAGCAAAAGUUUUCUCUACGAGUUCUCAAAAGAGAGGUCAAAGUGCUAUUAGUCUUGGAAAUAUCAAGUUAGUUAUGGCAGGUAGUGGUUGUCAAAAUUCUAAAGAAGUUGAAAAGGUUUUGGUCCAAGUCGAUGGGGAUGUUGAUGCUGCAAUAGAGUUUCUUGUGGCAGAACAAGCAGCAGAAGAACACAAAGAGCCAACUGAAUCAACUUUGUGUCAUAUAGAUUCUUCUUUUGGUAGCGAUGAAACAAAAGAUUGUAAGCAAUUGGAAGAGCGAACAGAAGAGAAGCACGACAAAGUUGAUUCAUCUAAUCAUAACACUAAACAUUCUAUUAGCAACAGUUCUCAAUCAGACGACAAGAAGAUCCCAAGGAAUAAAGUCUGCCCAUGUGGUUCAAAAAAGAAAUAUAAAGCUUGUUGUGGAUCAGUUGCUGCCAGUUCGUCUGGCAAGUUUAUAGUGAACAAAACUAUCGACUCUAAGAAGACUAGAAAGGAAAGGAAAACGGGCAAGAAAGGUGGACCUGCUAAAGUUGAAGUGUCCUCUGGAUCUGAUGGAUUGCCACAUGACUUGGGAGCUCUUUGUAUUUGAUCUUCAUCUGGCCGCAUGAGGAAGCAUUUUAGCUGCAGCUUAAAGCGAGUUUGGAAUCACAGGUCGUUUUUACAGUUCCCUUGGUGUAUAAACAUUCCCCUUGGUUUCUUGGGUCACCGAGCCUCCAAGAAAAAGUAUUGCUCUUUUACUCUUUCCAGGUUUAUAGGGCUCCUGUAGAGCUUGAUUUCUAAAACUUGGCGAGUCUUUGGAACCUAGAAGACGCUACAGAAAUCCUUUGGCUGGGCAAGAACUCUCUUCUAUGAAAAGGCGGCAUGUUCAGCAUGCUGGGCUUGAAAUAUUUAUUUCAAGCACGUGAGACAGCCUUAAGAUCCACCAUGUCGGACCAAUAAGGAAGCUGCCCUUUGCCUCCCUACAAUAAGUUUGCUGUAAAGAAUAUAGUGCACGUAUAUGUCCGUCCAUUCAGUAACAGAUGUCAAAAUUGCAUCUUUUCGGGACCACAAAGUGAUUGUGCAGUACUUGCUCUCGCUCUCAAAGGUGAGAGAGAGAGAGAGAGGGAGGAAAAAGAGCAGAGUGAAUUAUAGGGCAGAGGAUGGGGAAGCGGAAGGCGCAUGAAAUGCCAUAAAUGGAAAUCUGUGGAAGCCUUCCGUCUCACAAAAAGGAAACCAUUUGUGUGUGAACCAUGAAAGCGAUGUAACGCACUCAACGCCAAUGCCAAUGCCAAUGCCAUCCCUUUUCUACACUCUAAUUAAUGCAAUUUCACAAACCCUUUUCUAUUACCCCACCUAAUCGAAUCGGAUCAGAUCCACUCAAAUAUAAUAUAUAGAUUCCAAGUUUUCCCCGAUGGGGAUUGUGUUUGUGUUUCAGAUAUAUAUAUAUAUACAUAGAUGCAGGCAUUUGCUACGUUACCCGGUGCUCUACCGCUGUGUGGGACAAUAAUUUAAGGGCGCGGCGCUAAAACCUUCCUCUAAUCACUCAUACUCCCAGGGUUUUUGCAGAGGAAGUGGCGUGUGGUGUGCAUACCCGUUGAAUGAAAGACGCGUGGAAUCUGCUACCCUUCUAAUUUAAUCAUCUCAAAUCCAUUGGUUGACUAAAUUAGAAUGGCAGCAUGGAUUAAAAUAAUGAGUGAUGACGGUCCGAGUGACGAAAUUUGCAACCAAUAUUAUAUUGAUUGGAAUUGUUUAUGUUUUAAUUAAAAAAAGAAUUAAACUUGACCAAUGUUUGUUAGGUGGUGGUGAUUAAAUAUGAGUAUAUUGCCUUUCUGGAGAUCAUAAACCCAGUCAUUUCAACACCAAAACUACUAAUACAAGGGAAGAGGAUGGUGAAAAGGGAGUGAGUAUUUAUGAAAAUUUUGAGCUGUAAAGGCA